GGUCUCUUGGCAGGUGCUGACGCCGUCGGGUGCUCCCGGCGCGGGGCUGGGUGGCCGGGACUGUUGCCGGCUGCUGGCUGGGACGUCGUGGCCGAGCCGCCCCCAUGUUGCGGUUUCCGACCUGCUUCCCAUCCUUCCGGGUGGUGGGAGAGAAGCAGCUGCCGCAGGAGAUUAUUUUCCUGGUCUGGUCGCCCAAGCGGGAUCUCAUUGCCUUGGCCAACACCGCGGGCGAGGUUUUACUUCAUCGGCUUGCAAGUUUUCAUCGAGUUUGGAGUUUUCCACCAAAUGAAAACACAGGAAAGGAAGUGACCUGUCUGGCUUGGAGACCGGAUGGCAAACUUUUGGCCUUUGCUCUUGCUGACACCAAGAAAAUUGUUUUGUGUGAUGUAGAAAAACCUGAAAGCUUGCACUCCUUUUCCGUGGAAGCGCCAGUUUCUUGUAUGCAUUGGAUGGAAGUGACUGUAGAAAGCAGUGUUCUAACAUCCUUUUAUAAUGCUGAAGAUGAAUCAAAUCUUCUCUUACCUAAACUACCUACAUUGCCAAAAAAUUAUAGCAACACCUCCAAAAUAUUUAGUGAAGAAAAUUCUGAUGAAAUUAUUAAGCUCUUGGGAGAUGUCAGGCUUAAUAUUCUUAUCCUUGGAGGAAGCGCUGGAUUUAUUGAGCUGUAUGCUUAUGGAAUGUUCAAAAUAGCUCGAGUCACAGGGAUUGCUGGUACUUGUCUUGCAUUAUGUUUAUCAAGUGAUUUGAAAUCAUUGUCGGUGGUCACAGAGGUUUCUACCAGUGGUGCUUCAGAAGUUUCAUACUUUCAGCUUGAAACCAAUCUGUUGUAUUCUUUCUUACCUGAAGUAACUCGGAUGGCCAGAAAAUUUACUCACAUUUCAGCUCUUUUACAGUAUAUAAAUUUGUCACUAACAUGCAUGUGUGAGGCAUGGGAGGAAAUACUGAUGCAGAUGGAUUCUCGUCUCACUAAGUUUGUGCAGGAAAAGAGCACAACCACAUCAGUGCAAGAUGAAUUCAUGCACUUGCUGUUGUGGGGGAAAGCAAGUGCUGAACUUCAGACUCUCUUGAUGAACCAGUUGACAGUAAAGGGCUUAAAAAAGCUUGGCCAGUCCAUAGAGUCAUCAUAUUCCAGUAUACAAAAAUUGGUGAUAAGUCACUUACAGAGCGGCUCUGAGUCUUUAUUAUACCAUCUGAGUGAAUUGAAAGGAAUGGCUUCCUGGAAGCAAAAGUAUGAACCUCUUGGACUAGAUGCUGCAGGAAUUGAAGAGGCUAUUACUGCCGUGGGUUCUUUUAUCCUCAAGGCAAAUGAACUUCUUCAAGUUAUAGAUAGUAGUAUGAAAAACUUCAAAGCAUUUUUUCGGUGGCUUUAUGUAGCAAUGUUGAGGAUGACAGAAGACCACGUACUUCCUGAGCUGAAUAAGGUAAUGACUCAGAAAGAUAUUACAUUUGUUGCUGAGUUUCUUACUGAACAUUUCAAUGAGGCUCCGGACCUUUAUAACCGAAAAGGAAAGUACUUUAAUGUUGAAAAAGUUGGUCAGUACUUAAAAGAUGAAGAUGAUGAUCUUGUGUCACCCCCUAACACAGAAGGAAACCAGUGGUAUGACUUUCUUCAGAACAGCAGCCACCUUAAAGAAAGUCCUUUGCUGUUUCCUUACUAUCCUCGAAAAUCAUUGCAUUUUGUGAAAAGGCGGAUGGAGAACAUUAUUGAUCAGUGUUUACAAAAGCCAGCAGAUGUAAUUGGAAAAUCGAUGAAUCAAGCAAUCUGUAUUCCGUUAUAUAGAGAUACUCGAAGUGAGGAUUCUACACGUAGAUUGUUCAAAUUUCCUUUUCUGUGGAAUAAUAAGACUUCAAAUCUACAUUAUCUUCUUUUUACUAUUUUAGAAGAUUCGCUUUAUAAAAUGUGCAUCUUAAGGAGACAUACUGAUAUUUCCCAAUCUGUAAGUAAUGGACUAAUUGCUAUUAAAUUUGGAAGCUUUACAUAUGCCACAACUGAAAAAGUCAGAAGAAGCAUCUACAGUUGUUUAGAUGCACAGUUUUAUGAUGAUGAAACUGUGACAGUAGUUCUUAAAGACACUGUAGGACGUGAAGGAAGAGACAGACUCUUGGUCCAGCUGCCGUUGUCUUUAGUAUACAACAGGGAAGAUUCUGCAGAGUAUCAAUUCACUGGCACUUACUCUACAAGGCUAGAUGAACAAUGUGGUGCUAUUCCCACUCGCACUAUGCAUUUUGAGAAGCAUUGGCGAUUACUGGAAAGUAUGAAAGCACAGUAUGUUGCCGGGAAUGGUUUUCGGAAAGUGUCCUGUGUGUUAAGCUCAAAUCUCCGUCAUGUGAGAGUAUUUGAAAUGGACAUAGAUGAUGAGUGGGAGCUCGAUGAGUCUUCAGAUGAAGAGGAGGAGGCCGGUCAUAAGCCUAUGAAAAUAAAGGAAGAAGUGUUGUCUGAGUCGGAGGCAGAGAACCAACAAGCGGGUGCUGCAGCUUUAACUCCAGAAAUAGUUAUUAAAGUGGAAAAACUUGACCCUGAGCUAGACUCGUAAUCUCCCUUGCCAUCACUGUAUAUGUUAUCAUGACAGAAGGACAUAGAAGGUGGACUAAGAUGUCUUGGACCACUUUUCGUUCCUUGUAUAACAAAUCAAUAAAUAGUAAAUUUUAUUUUUUCA